GUUCAUGCAUGAAAAGUUGGCGGGAAACGGGUUGCCAGUCACCGUUUCCGUGACUCUGAAUGGCCGCUUUUUUCCCUUUUUUCCCUUUUACAAGUGUCUUUCCCCCUCCUUCACUGUCGUUUUUUCCUUUUUUUUUUCCCACCAUUUCGUCAUGUCGUCUCCACAAAGUCAAAAUAAUGUAUUCAGACAGCAGCAGCAUCUCUAUCGAUCCUCCCAUUACCUUGCCAAGUCCAAGUCUCCUCCCGUAUAUACACCGCCCGUAGCCAGUGAAGCGUCAUCCGACUGGAAUAAAGGUCGUAAACGACGUGUCUCCGAGGAUGAGGAAAUGGGGGGACUCUCCAACGACCCUUCUCCACCUACGGAAGACCGCUCGCUUCUGGAAACUCGUCCCACCAUUGAUCGUAUGCUGCACUUGACAAAACGCAAUCGAUUAGGCGUUCAGAAACAAUUUCCCAUCACAAAACUUUUAGCAACGUUGAACAAGGACAAGCUGAUUGAGCUCAUCAAUGACUUGGUGGAUUCCAACCCGCAUCUGCAACGUGAAAUUGAUGCCCAUAUACCACCUCCUACUACUCAGUCGGUCUCUCUUGUCAUUGGCAACCUCGAGAAAAAACUUGCAGACAGCUUUCCGCUAAAUAAGAACCCCCAAGGUGGAAAAGACGAUUACACGUUUAAUCGAGUCAAAGGCCCUCUCAUGGACGUUGUGAAUGCAUUAUUGGAAUAUGCCGAUCAUUUCACCUCAUCUUCGGAUGAAUUUCCUACUACGAUCUUCUCCUACCUUCAUUAUGCGACAUGUGUCGCCCAUCGACUACCGACAUGGGAUAACGAUGCACAUAACCAGAUUAAGCGGGAUCUUUAUUCGAAUCUUGUUUCUUACUGGAAAAAAGCCAUUGAUAUCGCUGCGACAAAAGCACAGCAGGGUAAAAUUUACGGUCAGCAGAUGGUGACAGAAUGGGCUAGACAGUUGGCAAGUCAUAAUGCAGAAACGCAAGGUCUUUUUGAUGACGUGAUACAUGCAUUCACAGUUCAACUGGGAUGGAUCAUCGGUAUUGAGAAAGGCGUAUCGGAUCAUCAUUUGUUUCGCGCCGGUGGCGGAUCGGAUGUUUCCUCUUCCCUACGUCGGACAAUGUCGCCUUCCAGUACUUACACCCCUUCCCAUCACUGGUAGCUCACUGAUCUUGUUCUCAGUGACUUUAUACCUUUUUUGUCUGUACUGUAUCCGCAUGGUCUCCACACUCUUAUUGCUCACCAUUACUAUGUAGCUUGUAAAUAGAAACCACUCUUUAUCCCCUUCCGCCAUCUCCUCGUUUCUCACAACUGUCACUUUCCAAUAAUAACACUUUUUACAUCUUCAAAAUCUUGACAGAAAGAAGUAACAACAGUACACAUGUUUAAGACUCAGGAUUGAUUUACCUUGUUUGUGCG